AUGGCGCUCCCCUCCGACGCGAUCCUGACAAGAAAACUUCACGAACUUGAAUCUCGACUCCGCGAGGCAUUCGUCUUCCCGCGUAGACCACCCACAGAGGAGGAGGAGGAGUGGGCGGCGCCGCCCGGUUACGCGCCGCCGUCCGACGAUGAAAUCGGCCGGAGGUUCGAGUUUCUGAAGAACCUCCUCAGUGCGGAGAUGGAAUCCCACCAGGGGUCAAAGCCGGCCCACCUCUACCACAUUGCCGAACGGCUAGCCUCUAUCCAGGACGGCUACCGCAAUUGGGCCGAGUUAGGGUUAUCUCCCGAUGGCCCCCAGACCCUCGACUCCGCGUCCGCUUGCUCCUGCACGUCUUCCUGCUUCAACGAGGAAAAAGACGAUGAGGGCACGCCGGAGCCUCCGGUGUCGGAAAACCCACAGCCCAUAGAGCCUAUCAUCUCACAGGGGGUGGAGAAUGCAUUGCCGCACAGAGAAAGCCCCCCCACAUCACGCGGCAAGAUGGGAUUCACAGCAGGAGUCGUGACGCUUCUCGCUACGGCGGCGGCGGGGGCGGCGGCGGUGGUCCUGCUCGUGGUCAGCAACUUCUCAGAUGCUGAACGGAGUAUUCUCCUGGUACCCACGUGA